CGCGCGCGCGUUCGCCCUCGCACCAUGACCGAAUCCAAGGACGAGGUCAAGAAAGAAACCAAACCCGCCGAUCCAUCGCUGGCCAUCCUCGAGCGCAAGAAGGCGCCGAACAGGCUCGUCGUCGAUGAGGCGAUCAACGACGAUAACUCCGUCGUGGCGCUGAACCUGCAAAAGAUGGACGAGCUGCAGUUGUUCCGAGGGGACACCGUGCUGCUCAAGGGCAAAAAGCGAAAGGACACGGUGUGCAUCGUGCUCGCGGACGAGAGUUGCGAGGAGGGGAAGAUUCGCAUGAAUAAGGUGGUGCGGAAAAACUUGCGGGUGCGACUUGGGGACGUCGUGAGCGUGCAUCAGUGUACGGAUGUGAAGUAUGGUAAGCGCGUGCACGUGUUGCCGUUCGGUGAUUCGAUCGAAGGCGUGACUGGGAACUUGUUCGACGUGUACUUGAAGCCGUACUUUUUGGAGGCGUACCGACCGGUGAGAAAGGGCGAUACGUUCUUGGCUCGCGGUGGUAUGCGGGCGGUGGAGUUCAAAGUCGUCGAAACCGAUCCCGCGGAGUAUUGCAUUGUCGCCCCGGAUACGGAGAUCUUUUGCGAAGGAGAGCCCAUCAACCGUGAGGACGAGGAGCGCCUCGACGACGUCGGCUACGACGACGUCGGCGGGGUUCGCAAGCAAAUGGCGCAAAUCCGCGAACUUGUUGAGUUACCGCUUCGACACCCGGCGUUAUUUAAGACGAUUGGGGUCAAGCCGCCGAAAGGUAUCUUACUUUACGGCCCUCCCGGUAGCGGAAAGACUUUGAUUGCUCGCGCUGUGGCCAACGAAACCGGCGCCUUUUUCUUCUUGAUCAACGGCCCCGAAAUCAUGUCCAAGCUCGCCGGUGAAUCCGAAUCGAACUUGCGUAAGGCGUUCGAAGAAGCCGAAAAGAACGCUCCGGCGAUCAUUUUCAUCGAUGAGAUUGACUCCAUUGCCCCGAAGCGCGAAAAGACCAACGGCGAAGUCGAACGUCGCAUCGUUUCGCAGCUUUUGACUUUGAUGGAUGGCAUGAAGUCACGAUCGCACAUCAUCGUCAUGGGCGCGACGAACCGACCGAAUUCUAUCGACCCAGCUCUUCGUCGAUUCGGCCGCUUCGAUCGCGAGAUCGAUAUUGGUGUUCCGGAUGAAGUCGGUCGUCUCGAAGUGUUGCGCAUUCACACCAAGAAUAUGAAGCUCGACGAAGCCGUUGACUUGGAAAAGAUUUCCAAGGAGACGCAUGGCUACGUCGGCGCCGAUUUGGCCGCGCUUUCUACCGAAGCCGCGCUUCAGUGCAUCCGUGAAAAGAUGGAUCUCAUCGAUCUUGAGGAUGAGAACAUUGACGCCGCUGUCUUAGAUUCUAUGGCCAUCACCAAUGAGCACUUCGCCACGGCGUUGACCACGUCGAACCCGUCUGCACUGCGCGAGACUGUCGUCGAAGUGCCAAAUGUUUCUUGGGACGACAUUGGUGGUCUUGAAGGCGUCAAGCAAGAGCUUCAAGAGACUGUGCAAUACCCCGUCGAGCACCCGGAAAAGUUUGAAAAGUUUGGCAUGGCGCCUUCCAAGGGUGUGCUCUUCUACGGUCCGCCGGGUUGUGGUAAGACGCUCCUCGCCAAGGCGAUCGCGAACGAGUGCCAAGCGAACUUUAUCAGUAUCAAGGGUCCGGAGCUUUUGACCAUGUGGUUUGGUGAAUCUGAAGCCAACGUGCGCGAGAUUUUCGACAAGGCACGUCAAAGUGCUCCGUGCGUGCUCUUCUUCGACGAGCUCGACUCCAUCGCCAACCAGCGCGGUAACAGUGCUGGUGACGCUGGUGGAGCCGGUGAUCGCGUGUUGAAUCAGCUUCUCACGGAGAUGGACGGCAUGGGCUCGAAGAAGACUGUGUUUAUCAUCGGCGCCACGAACAGACCGGACAUCAUCGACUCUGCUCUCAUGCGUCCGGGUCGCCUCGAUCAACUCGUGUACAUUCCGCUUCCAGACGAACCUUCUCGCUUGAGCAUCUUCAAGGCAAACUUGCGAAAGUCUCCGAUCGCUGCCGACGUUGAUCUCGAAGUCUUGGCCAAGUUCACGAAUGGUUUCUCCGGUGCGGACAUUACCGAGAUAUGCCAGCGCGCGUGCAAGUACGCCAUUCGUGAGAGCAUUCAACGUGAUAUCGAGGCCGAACGUGCCGCUGCUGUGAACCCGGAUGCGAUGCAAGACGAGAACGCCGAGGACCCGGUGCCUGAAAUUACCAAGGCGCACUUCGAAGAAGCGAUGAAGCACGCGAGAAAAUCUGUCACCGAUGCGGACAUUCGCAAGUACCAAACCUUUAGCCAAACGCUUCACCAAGCGCGUGGAUUCGGUGCGAGCGACUUCCAAUUUCCAGAUGCCCAGGGUGGUGGCGCGAGCGCCGGUACGCCCGCGGCCGCGGCUGCGGACGACGAUUUGUACGACUAA